UGCCAACACGCGUACCGGUUAGGUUGUUUAAAUUUGCACGAAAUAUUUAAAAAAAAACUAUUUGUAACAAUCCAAAAUGAGCUUCGCUGAACCAAAAGCCUUGAUAGCUGAAGGCGAUACCGUUAUACUGUACUUGACGGUUACUAGUGUGUACGCAAUCGAAGCUGUUCCGCAGAUCAAAAACAAGAAAGGUGAACUGAUAGAGCAUGUGUUCCAAACAAACUUUGGUGCGCUAAAGGUGAAAGACAUAAUCGGCGUACAGUAUGGUUCUAAGGUAGAACUUUCCAAAGGUUGGGCUCACGUUCUGCAACCCAACCCGGAACUUUGGACCCAGACGUUACCUCAUCGUACGCAAAUUCUGUACACUCCGGAUAUCAGUAUGAUUCUCUAUCAGUUAGAGAUUAAACCGGGCAGUAUCGUAGUAGAGUCUGGUACCGGGUCCGGUUCACUAUCGCACUAUUUUCUUCGUGCCAUCAGGCCGCACGGUUUCCUGCACACGUUUGAUUUUCACGAAGAACGGGUCCAAAAAGCUCAGGAUGAGUUCAAUGGUCACGGUUUGGGCGAAUAUGUGAAGGUUAUCCACCGAGACGUAUGUGAAAACGGUUUCGGAGAGGAAUUGAACGGUAAAGCCGAUGCAGUGUUUUUAGAUUUACCGGCUCCACAACUAGCAAUUCCUCACGCGGCAAAAGUCCUUAAGGACGCAGGUGGGCGCAUCUGCUCGUUUUCACCCUGCAUUGAACAAUCGGGUCGUGUUUGCGAAGCUCUCGAGCAGUACGGUUUUGUGGACAUUGUCAACCUGGAAGUGCUACAGAUCGAGGACGUUGUGAGAACGAAAAGCAUACCAGUGAUGGACCUGGAGUUUGUGAAAUAUAAGAAAAAUGAAUCUGAUAAAGAGACCAAAACGCCAAAAGAGGUAAAGAAGUACAUCACCUCCAGUGCUCCGACUACCAUGGCUGGGCAUACCGGAUAUCUGACCGUUGCGGAGCUACCACCUUUAUUCGCACGAUAGCUAGUAAGUAGUAACUAGUUCGGAAAGAGAAUAUGUUAGAUUCCGAAAAGAAUUGUAAAAUCUUGUUUAAAAAUAAACCAAA